AAGCUUAAACUUCUAAUGAUCAGGGCACUCUAGUUGGGUUCUAAAGACAAUUGGAUUAAUUAGCCGUGGGGCAUAAGAUACACCAACGCAGCCGAAUUGGCGGAUGCAUGACCACUUGACAGGGACGAUUCAACCAUCAUCAAAUUGCAGGCAAAGCUAACAUGCUCUCUGAUCCCGGAUCUCCGCGAUCAGAUCAGGGUCCAUCUUGAGCUCACAACUUCACGCAGUUAGCUCUACCUUAGCCGAAGUGAGGAUUCUUGGCUAGGGUGGGGGAAGGGGAGUUUUCCGACUACCUACCAGGUAGAAAAUGUUUCCAAGUUGACCUGAAAUUGUAUCGACAUGAAAGACACAAGCUCUGUCGCUUCCUACACUCAGGAAGGGAAUGCAUUCGCUGGGACCGAGGGGAUCUAUCAACUUCCUCACCACCAACAGGAGCUGGAGCUGGAUUCAAAUCCCCACUUGCGGGUAUUAGAUGCCAGUGCAGCAGAUGGCACAUGGCUUCGUUCUCUAGCUGAGCUCUAUCCCAACCAGACAUGGUCUCUCCAUGGCGUGGAUAUUGGCUCUGCGCUCUUCCCGCCCCCAUCUGCCGAAGAACCAUCCAUCGAUCUCAGGGAGAUGGACAUCCGCAAGCCGGUACCGGAGCAUUUGCAAUGGGUUGAAAAAUUUGACAUCAUUCACCAACGUCUCCUCAUCUGGGGUUUGAAAAGUCCCGAGUGGCCACAGACCCUGUCCAAUCUCUGUUCGCUGCUGAAACCUGGAGGUUGGAUGCAGCUCGUAGAACGCCAAUGGGUAGAUCGCGACAAACAUUUCGACCCUGUCAAAUUCCUCACACUGGCGAAAAUGUCCAAAAUGCAGAGAUGGAGUACUGCCGCCUUCAAGAUGAACAUCUAUGUUGCCUAUGAAUUGGAAGGGUUGCUGCAAGAUUCAGGGCUUCUCAACAUUACCAAACUUCGUUCACUUUGGGCUAUGAGGUUCCGCAGUCUCAGUCAUAAGAUUCCUCCCGAUGGCAUCCCCGGGGUGGCUAAGACUCCGGCGGAAUUUGAUGCUUUCCUGGACGAUUUACGGGACGAGGUGUUUAAAAAUGGAUAUGCGCCGCAGUUAAAUAUUGUAAUUGGACAGAAGCCUCAGAACAGAUUUUUCUGUUCUCGGUGUUGA